AUGACUGGUCCCAAACCCCUACUUAAAAUCGAGGGCGAUUGCUCCACUGUUCACAGCAACACCCUUUACACUUAUUCGCCCACGGGCUUUCAAUCACUACCUCUGAAAGAGAAUGGGAUCUGGAAGACCCUUCCAUCCCCAGAAUACACGGUUACUGGCCCUGUCUGCGUCCAAGGUGGGAUCGAAGGGAUUGAAGAUGACGAAGAUAAAAAAGCAUUGUAUCUGGUCGGCGGGACCGGAUCCCCCGGUAACAGCGGCCUCCAACGCUUUUCUUUCAGUACACAGAAAUGGGAGACAUUAACCAUGGAUUCACCGUCGAUGAAAGAUCGGGUGGGCCAUGGUGCCGGGUACAUAUCUUCAACUUCGCAAAUCUUGGUCUAUGCAGGAAAUACAGAUGGCAGCACACAGGCCUCUCAAUCGACACUCCUCAUUUCAACCAAAGCGCCCCCAUUUAUCGUGUCGUCCGGGCUCGACCAGGGCGCACCGGCAUUGCAUGAGCCCGUCGUUUUGCCUUGGAGUUCUUCCGAGGUAGCUUUGAUAGGAGGCUCUGCCACCAAUACUGCUAUCUUUAUCUACGAGUCCACAAGUAACAAAGGCUGGACCAUCUCAGAGGCGACUCUUCCCACUGCAAUCGAUUCUUCAUCUCUAUGUGCAUUCGCUUCCGACUCCGGGACCAAGGUCCUCGAGGAGUUUAACAUGAUGGCUUCCCCAAAUCGGGUUACGAGCUACAUUCUUAGCUUGAAAGGAGAGGUGCAGAACCCGGUGACAGCCAUCGCAUCCUCGGGAAAGAGGGAUCUCACCGAUUCCUACAACGGCACAUUUGCCCCAACAGAAUCCUGGUCUGAUUAUACGCUCGCCCAGGGUAAUGGCUUGGUCAUUCUCGCCAGCGGCCAAAGUAACAACUCGUUGGCAAUCUUUAACCAGACUUCCAACGCAUGGGUCAACUCUACAGAGCUGUUUUACGGAAAAGGAGAUCAACAUGUUCUCAAACCAUCUACCACGUCAUUCACAUCAUCUACUUCGACGUCAACUAUGUCAGUCACAUCAUCUACUUCGACGUCAACUAUGUCAGUCACAUCAUCUACUUCGAUGUCAACUACAUCAUUCACUUCAUCAAGUUCGACGUCAACUUCAUCGUUCACAUCUACGGCGACCUCAGCCUCAACUACGUCCACUUCUUCAUCAACUCCAGUUGCGACUGCAGGCGGCUUGACUGAUCAUGGCAAAAUGGUUCUUGGCGCGACUCUUGGGAGCAUCCUCGGCUUUGGUUUGAUUCUGCUUAUCAUUCUUCUCCUACUGCGACGCAAGAAUAAGAAACAGGGAGGCAGAAAUGGUCGUGGUGGUGAUGACAAAGACCGCCUGAGCUUCCAGGAUCGAGGCCUAGACCCCCUGACUGAAAGUGCUUACCCGAUGGCAAGAUCUCCCGUUCCAAUCGCCGCUGCUUCGGUCGACUCAUUGGCUAUUUUCUCCGGCCACUAUCAAGGAGAGAAAACCCUCAAGCCACCCAUCAAUACGGGUUAUGGAUUGUCUCCUCAGCCUAAGAGUAGUAGUCCGCUCUCUACAAUUUCCACCAGCGGUGCCAUGGGCGCAUCAAGCGUCUACUCCGGUAACACCAGUCAGGCAGGCGAUAACACCGGGCCUGGAAACCAGGCUGCUGACCGACUGACCGACGAAGGCUGGGGGAAAUACUUUGAGGACCGCAGUGCGACUAACUUGCAAUCCGACCGCUCGUCAAUAAGCUCCACCUACACCAAGUCCGAUUACCGCGGAAGCGCCUGGCCGAUGUCUACCUUGGCACCAUUGAAUUUGGGCUUCCUCGACCAUCCCAAGCCACUAGGCCACGUUCUCAGCGGCAGCCCAACCACGGAACACAGUUCCCAUGAGUUGGGCGGUCGAAGCUUAGUGAUCCCGGAGGGCCAAUCGGCACGAAUCUCCUAUGCAGAUACAAUCAGCAUCGCCUCAGACGAUAACCACGAUGAUCCAAGUUGGCAAGGUGCGGGCCAUGGCAGCUGGCUUGGACGCCCCACAAGCAGCAACUACACUACCAGCUUCUACCAGCCUAGCAUGCAAGAUAUGCCCUGGGAAUCAUCGAAUGCCGGCCUCGCGAAAACGGCAAGACAGUCCAAUGCACGAAUACCAAGCGUCAUCAUACCACAUGAUAUCGACGAAAUUCCAGUGCAAGAGCAGAAGAACAGUACCAAUUCAGAUAUGAGCUGGCUCAAUCUUAAGACCGGUCGUUAA